CUCCACUAUCGCGAGAACCGGGCGCGCGCCGCGAGACAUCCGGGCCAUCGGCUGCGGGACGAGAUGGCGGUGGAGUCGCGCGUCACGCAGGAGGAGAUCAAGAAGGAACCGGAGAAGCCGAUCGACCGGGAGAAGACGUGUCCGCUGCUGCUCCGCGUCUUCACCACCAACAACGGGCGGCACCACCGCAUGGACGAGUUCUCCCGCGGCAACGUGCCCUCCAGCGAGCUGCAGAUCUACACCUGGAUGGACGCAACUCUGAAGGAGCUCACCAGCUUGGUGAAGGAGGUGUACCCAGAAGCACGGAAGAAGGGCACGCACUUCAAUUUUGCAAUUGUUUUUACAGAUCUCAAGCGACCGGGCUACAGGGUGAAGGAGAUCGGCAGUACCAUGUCGGGCAGGAAGGGCACAGAUGAUUCCAUGACAUUGCAGUCCCAGAAAUUCCAGAUAGGAGACUACCUGGAUAUAGCCAUCACGCCUCCCAACCGCGCACCGCCACCUUCCAGCCGCAUGAGGCCAUACUGAGCUAUUGCUGCUUUGUAUGAUUCUAUUUUCUGCUUAUUCCUCCUUGCUGUUCUAAAGCAGGCUUUUUUUUUAUUGCCUUUAUUGCAAAGUAAGAACACCUGAAGACAAAGCUAAACAUCAAGGGUGUAAGUCACAUUUUAAACCUUUUAGUUUGUUUAGAAGGAACACUUAAUCUUUAGCAGUGCCAUCGCUCUGUCCUUGAUUGGUUCAUAGUUUGCAGAGUAGGUUGGUGUGUCUCGUGUUUCAGGUUUCCAUAGAAUGCGACCAGAAUGACUACAGGUGUUCUGUAGUUCUGUCUUGUGUGGAAUAAAGAUGGCUAUUAUUAAUCUUUUGAA